UCUCUCUCUCUCUCCAACUUGCAAACACAAACAACAAUGGACGACCUCCCGAAAUGCGAAACGAAUUACGUCCCGCUCACACCUCUCGCUUUCUUGAAGAGAGCCGCUUCCGCUUACGCCGACCGUCCCUCCGUCGUUUACGAGUCCAUCCGCUUCACGUGGCGCCAAACUCACGAGCGCUGUCUCCGCCUCGCCUCGUCGCUCCGCUCUCUCCAUGUAUCUAUCCUGGCUCCAAACGUUCCGGCCAUGUACGAGAUGCACUUUGCCGUGCCGAUGGCUGGCGCAGUCCUCAACACCAUAAACACCCGUCUAAACGCCGCCAACAUCGCUGCCAUCCUCCGCCACUCUGGAGCCAAGGUCUUCUUCGUUGAUAGCAUGCACAUGCAGGUGGCGCGCGAGGCGCUCGCUAUGCUCUCGGCCACCGGUUGCUACGUACCCCCAGUCAUCGACAUUGACGAUAUUAGCUCUCCGACUGGGGCUCGAAUUGGCGAUUUGGAGUACGAGGAUCUUGUUCAGAAGGGCGACCCGGCGUACGUCCCUGAGGAGCUUCGAGAUGAGUGGGACCCCAUCGCGCUCAAUUACACUUCCGGGACAACAUCGGAGCCGAAAGGAGUGGUGUACAGCCACCGAGGAGCCUACCUCAGCACCCUCAGCUUGAUCCUCGGGUGGGAAAUGUGAAGCGAGCCGGUGUAUCUGUGGACGCUGCCGAUGUACCACUGCAACGGAUGGACCUUCACGUGGGGCAUCGCCGCCCGUGGCGGGACCAACGUGUGCCUACGCAACGCUACUGCGCUCAACAUUUACCGGAACGUCGUUGCUCACAGGGUCACUCACAUGUGCUGCGCUCCAGUCAUCUUCAACAUUCUCCUCGAGGCCAAACCCCACGAACGCCAUGAAAUUGUCGUCCCCAUAGAGAUUCUCGUUGGCGGUGCUCCGCCGCCACCGGCCCUAAUCCUAAAGAUAGAGUCUCUCGGCUUCCACAUCACACAUGCAUACGGGCUAACCGAAGCCACCGGCCCAGCCCUGGUCUGUGAGUGGCAGGCCAAGUGGAACUGCCUGCCGCCGUCGAAGCAGUCAGAGCUCAAAGCGCGCCAGGGAAUCAGUGUACUAACACUCGCUGACGCAGACGUCAAGGACUUAGACACGAUGAGGAGUGUUCCUCGCGACGGCAAAUCCAUGGGAGAGAUUGUUUUGCGUGGGAGCAGCAUUAUGAAAGGCUACUACAAGGACCCGGAAGCGACGGCCAAGGCUUUCCGAAACGGGUGGUUCCUCACGGGAGACGUCGGAGUCGUCCACCAGGACGGUUACUUGGAGGUAAAGGACCGGUCGAAGGACGUGAUUAUCUCCGGUGGGGAGAACAUCAGCAGCGUCGAGCUAGAGAACAUGCUCUAUCGGCACCCAAGGGUCUUGGAGGCCGCGGUGGUGGCGAUGCCACAUCCGCGGUGGGGCGAGAGCCCAUGCGCGUUCAUCAGCAUUAAGAAGAACUCCAAAGGCGAAGCAGCCGACGACGUGAAAGAAGCGGAGAUCCUAUCUUUUUGCAGGAAGAAUCUGCCAAGUUUCAUGGUUCCAAAGAAGGUGGAGUUCAUGCCGGAGUUACCGAAGACUUCCACAGGUAAAAUCCAGAAGUUCCAGUUGAGGGCCUUGGCGAAGACGAUCGUCGUCUCGGAGGAUGAUGUUCCUGCCCCCGCCUCGCUUGCAUUGUCUCGUCUUUGAAAUCAGCUACAAGUGGUUGUGAUGUGUUCUUCUUGUCUUUUUCCCGCCAAUGAUUGUCCCAAGAAU